AUGGGCAGCACCCACAUGGCGCUAGUUUAUGACGUCAAUAAUGUCGGACCUGUACGUCUGGCAGGCGAUCCGUUCUACGAGCUGAGAGGAUUAGUGACACUUGAAGACAUCGUAGAGGAAAUCCUGCAGUCCAAAAUUAUCGACGAGACCGACUCAGUCGAGGCGAGGAAAGAGCGUCAAAACUGCACGGAUCAAAUCGGGUACUCUGACGGCGGUGAGUUUGUAGCCCGCGCCGUCGUCUUGCUUGCACCUGACAGCUCUCGCCAUGAAACCCCGCUCCUUGUAGAGAGCAAGACAACUUUCGGCACAGCUCUUGAAGCGUCAGACACAAUUACGACAAAGCUACAGUGUAAUGCUACAGUGACAGAGCAAGAGGCAAUUGCGCGAUGGUCGUUGCUAUCGGAGCUGACAUUUUCUCGAGAUUGUAAGUUUUCUGUAGCGCAUGCAGCGGCGGCUUUUGCUGACAAUAUUUGGAUUGUUGGCGGUGUGUCGGCGUCUUACUACACGAAGCGGCUGGAGUACACGACCACACGGUCGGAUGUGAUCUACUCCUCGGAUGGGGUUGAAUGGACUGAGGUGCUAGAGGAAGCUCCGUUUCGACGACGCUAUGGACAUUCCUUGAUCACAUUCACCGAUUCCAAAGACAAGCUUGAGCGGCUGAUACUACUCGGAGGAUUUUCACCGGAGCCAGCGACCGAUAUCUGGGUGACUACGGAUGGAGUUUCGUGGACGGAAGCGGCGGCAACAGUUCCUUGGUCAGGCAGAGGCUUCCACUGCUCGGUAGUAUUCAACGGCAAACUUUGGGUGCUUGGUGGCAGUCCGAUGAACAAUGAGGUUUGGUCCACGUCCUCAGUACUUUCAGGGCCUUGGAAACAGCAAAGUAAUGUACCCUGGUCGCCACGCGCAGCUCAUGCAUGUGCAGUCCACGAGGUCAUGACUAACGUGACAGAGGGUGACUCAUCUCGAGAAGAGUUCCUGUUCCUUAUGGGAGGGUGGCGUGACACCAGUUUGAAUGAUAUUUGGCGAAUGGAUUCCGCCGGAAAUUGGAAAUUGCUUUCUGAGGCAGCACCAUGGGACGCUCGAGCUUGGUUUUCACUCGUGUCAUUUGACUCUAGGACGAAUGGUGAUGUCCAGCUUGGUCCAAGACUCUGGGUGCUUGGUGGAGGGAUCAUUGGUCGGGGGAUCGAGAAAAUGCAUCCUUUCUCGGAUGUCUGGUACACGCGCGAUGGUGUGAAGUGGGUAGCAGCCAGCUCGAAUUCUUCAGGCAUUUCGACCGCCGAAUGGAGUAUGGUGACUCAAAGCAACACGCAAGUAUGUAUGGGCAAAUGGGGACACUCAGUUGUACCCUUCCGACGCAGAGUCACUCGCGCCUACUAUUGCCACGAGUCAUGCACGAAUGAAGACGGCACGAUCAGCCUUGCCAACCAGCUCAUUCCAGUAUGUAAUCCGAGCACAACUGUGCCGGAAAUUCCAGCCCAGCACACAGUGCUUGUCAACAACUCCAUGCUCACGAAGACAAUCUAUCCUGACGGAUGUGGUCUUUGCAAAACAGACCCAAACGCUCGGUACCAGAACAGUACGAGUGUGCCGACACUUCUUCUCUUAGCUGGAAAUGUGGGAGUCCAGAAAGUGAACGAUGUUUUUCAAAGCAGCGACGGAAUGUUGUGCGAGCGUGAAGGCAAAAUCUGCUCCGGUGAAGGUGUGUGCGUGCAAGGCGGCAAUUGCUUAUGCAACAGUGGGAAAACCGGGAGUAACUGCGACAGCGAGCUGGGCUACACCAUCAUCGACUCGAAGAGUUGUUUCCCGGAGUCAGCUUCAGUUGUAGUCGCCGGUGGUAAGACCAAGCGUUUGGGACGGAACGCCCGUGUACUCCACCGUCUACUACAUUCCACACGGAAGCGAUCGGAGGGGCGAGACGGAGUUCAUCAGUGUAAAACACGAAGGCAUGGAUGA